GCACAGGUAAUGGCUAUGUUCUAAUUUGUAUUUGGAUAACUCUGCUUUCCCUGUCUGUUUCCAGCGUGGAAAUAGGAGAGAGUGUACGUGGGGAGGAUGUCUACAUUGUGCAGAGUGGCUGUGGUGAAAUCAAUGACAAUCUGAUGGAGCUCCUGAUCAUGAUAAAUGCCUGUAAGAUUGCCUCAGCCAGCAGAGUCACAGCUGUCAUCCCCUGCUUCCCCUAUGCUCGCCAGGACAAAAAGGACAAGAGUCGAGCUCCAAUCUCUGCCAAGCUGGUUGCAAACAUGCUCUCUGUGGCAGGUGCUGAUCAUAUAAUCACCAUGGACCUGCAUGCAUCUCAGAUUCAGGGUUUUUUUGAUAUCCCUGUUGAUAAUUUAUAUGCUGAGCCUGCUGUAUUGAAGUGGAUCAAAGAGAAUAUUGCGGAGUGGAAGAACUGCACCAUUGUCUCACCAGAUGCUGGUGGAGCCAAGAGGGUGACCUCCAUCGCAGAUCGGUUGAAUGUAGACUUUGCCCUCAUUCACAAGGAGCGCAAGAAAGCCAAUGAAGUGGAUCGCAUGGUGCUCGUGGGGGAUGUGAAGGACAGAGUGGCCAUCCUGGUGGAUGACAUGGCAGACACGUGUGGGACCAUCUGCCAUGCUGCAGACAAGCUUGUGUCAGCUGGAGCCACCAAAGUUUAUGCCAUCUUAACUCAUGGGAUCUUCUCUGGGCCAGCAAUUUCUCGGAUCAACAAUGCCUGUUUUGAGGCAGUUGUAGUCACAAACACAAUACCCCAGGAGGACAAGAUGAAGCAGUGCCCUAAAAUCCAGGUGAUUGACAUCUCAAUGAUCCUCGCGGAGGCCAUCAGGAGGACUCAUAAUGGGGAAUCUGUUUCCUACCUAUUCAGCCAUGUCCCUUUAUAACAACAGAUGUCAGCUGCUGCUUGUAUGGCUUUUUUUUUUAAAACCAAAAGUUGUUCAGCUUGUUGUAAAGUUCAGUAGAAGACUCUGCUUGUUCCAGUGCAGUUCUCCACAGCUCCUUCUGUUUAAGUCAGGGUUACUGACUCCGGUCCCAACACUGGGAGGCUGGAGGGGGGAAGCUCAUCUCUGUAACACUCCCAACUCCACCAGCAACCCUGUGCAUGGGGCUCAGCAGUAGUGUUGACUCAAUUCUGCAGGUCUGUGGAGAGCAGGACUGACACAUGGCUAAUUGCCACAAUUAUUUUGAGGGGGGGAGG